AGACCAGGCUAACAGGUCACUGGAAAACAAGUGUUGGUGCCAGGGCCUCCGGUGGACACGAGACUGCCUUUUCAGAGACAGGCCGCGGACAUGGUGUGUAUUGCGGUCGUCGGAGCUGGCGUGAUAGGGCUGUCUACCGCCGUGUGCAUUUCCCAGCUGGUCCCCGGAUGCUCCAUUACUGUCAUCUCAGACAGGUUCACUCCUGAUACCACCAGUAAUGUAGCCGCUGGGAUGCUUAUUCCUCACACGUAUCCAGAUACUCCUGUGCCCAUGCAGAGGCGAUGGUUUAGAGAGACCUUCCAGCAUCUUUCUGAAAUCGCCAAGUCUGAAGAGGCUGCAGAUGCGGGUGUUCACCUGGUGUCUGGUUGGCAGAUAUUUCGCAAUGUCCCCACUGAAGAAGUGCCUUUCUGGGCUGACGUCGUGCUGGGAUUUCGGAAGAUGACAGAGGCCGAGCUGAAGCGAUUCCCUCAGUACGUGUUUGGGCAGGCUUUCACAACCCUGAAGUGCGAGACUUCUGCCUACCUCCCGUGGUUGGAGAAAAGGAUAAAGGGAAGCGGAGGUCUGCUGCUCACCAGGAGAAUAGAAGACCUGUGGGAGCUGCAGCCAUCUUUUGAUAUCGUCGUCAAUUGCUCAGGCCUGGGAAGCCGACGCCUUGUAGGAGACCCCUUGAUUUCCCCGGUAAGGGGUCAAGUGCUCCAGGCGCAGGCCCCCUGGGUGAAGCAUUUCAUCCGAGACGGGGGCGGACUGACUUACGUUUACCCUGGUACGUCCUAUGUAACCCUGGGAGGAACUAGACAGGAAGGAGACUGGAAUCUAUCUCCAGAUGCAGAACUCAGCAGAGAGAUUUUUUCUCGUUGCUGCGCUCUCGAGCCUUCCCUCCACAGAGCCCGUGACAUAAAAGAGAAAGUGGGCCUGCGUCCCAGCAGGCCCGGUGUUCGGCUGCAGAAGGAGACCCUGGUCCGGGGGGACCAGAGGCUGCCUGUGGUCCACAACUACGGCCAUGGCAGUGGGGGCAUCUCAGUGCACUGGGGCUCCGCGCUGGAAGCCACCAGGCUGGUGAUGGAAUGUAUCCAUACCCUCAGGACCCCAGCUUCCAUGUCAAAGCUGUAGCUGACACCAAGUGACAGCAAAUAAUCCAGGUGAUAUGGGUCAAAGCACAAUUUAAGGCCCGUAAUCGGGUCUCAUAACUUUCCCACUGCUUGAAGGUUGAGUCUGACCUUCUUUGCUUCCAAAAUUAGAAAUUACGCAAUGCGUAUCAGUAGGCUUAGAAAGCUCGCCAGGAAUGACACAGGGAACAAAGUUCCAUUUUUGUCAAAAUACGUGCUAUUUAAAAAUACUUGUGCUAUAGGGUAAGACGUGGGGAGGAUUGAACACUAGUUUAUAUGAAUGAUGUAAGCGAUAGAGGUUUUUGUGUCUUUGGCUCAGAGGCACGUAAGCACAUAAGAGGAGAUUAAUGUGUGGGAAAUACUUGAUUCCCUGUCUGUCGUCGAGCUGUGCACGAUCCUCUCAGGUCAUAGAGCCAACCAAGACGUGUUAUCAUCUCACUAGAUAGGACCACGAAGUGCUGACACACCCCCCAACCCUCCUCCUGAGCGUAGGCGGCAGCCGCUUCCUCCAGCAGGUAACAAUGGAAGCUGACAGAGGUGGAGUUGCCUGCGAAGGCUGUGCCGGUUUUGGAGCAGCUUUGUGUCUGUCACUGCAUGUUUUGUUGUUUCUGGGACCAAACACCCAACAGAAAGAACCUAAAGAAUUAAUUUGCUCAUAGUUGCUGCCCGUCGCGCCAGGGAGGGCCUUGUAGAACAGAGCUGUUCUACAAGGUAACUCAUGUCUGUAAGAAAGCAGUGUGAAGAGGAACCGGGGCGGAUGGGGUGAGAUACGGGGUCCAAGCACUCAUUCCGUUAUCUGCUCCCCCAUACAACUCUCCUCCUAUACCUCUGCUUUCUCCCAAUGGUUCAUUUAAUUCUUGAAUCUUUCCAAGGAUUAAGUCAUCGAUUAGGUCAUGCAUAUCUAGAAACACCUUCAGCCCCACCCAAAGGCGUGCUUUAGGACUCUCUUAAGCAGUCCCCCAUCUUGUCAGGCUGCCCAUAGGGAUUUACCAUAGCAACCACGGAGGCUACAUACUCCCUUUCCACAAACGACCCAGAACCGCUGACCGAGCAGUGGACGGACACUGUUGAAGAUGGAGUCGUCUACGCAACCAAGGAGCUAAUUUGCUAAUGGAGACGGAACAAUAACUUUAAAUGGCAUACGACACAAAGUGUUCUUCAUGUCAAACAGUGUUGGGGAGGAUAAUGAAAGUCUGAGAAUUGCUGAGUUGAGUAAUCUAACCUGGCCCCCUAACUUAGGUCUAUUCAGAGCUCUUAACCUCCUUGUACACUGUGGAACCUCGGGAGGGUUUUUGGCCCCGGGGAAGAUUAUUCGUUGAGGAAAGCAAUCCUGGGGCAGAGAUGUCAUUAAACUUUGGAGAGAGGUACUUUUUGUUUGUGAAUAAUAAAGUCUGUUUUGAGCCUCCUAGGAGGUAUGGGAUUGGCCAAAACCACAGGGACAGGGCUGGAGAGACAGCUCAACAGUUAAGAUUGCUUGUUGCUCUUCCAGAGGAGAGAGUUUGUUUCCUAGUGCCUGUGAGGUACCUACAACCUCCUGUUACUACAGCUUCAAGGUUUCCAGUACCCUCUUCUGGCCUUUGGAGGUACACACACACAUACACACACACACACACACACACACACACACACACUCAAAUAAAUCUUUAAAAAUAUUUUUAAACGUAUGGGUGAGAAGUUUGCCUUUGCUUUUUUGUUGAGGUUUUGUGUGUGAUUUUGUUUGAAGAGAGCCCUGGGCUGGGGCUUCAGACAAAACAAUGUUUAACGGACUACUAAAAUUCUUGCUAAAUCAAGCAGGCUCAUUUCUAUUAAUUUCCACCAGGGGGUGGUGUUGUAUAAAUCUCAAGUAAACCAGAGCCUUUGAAAAUUUAGAAAUGAUAAGAAAUAAAAAGUAGAUAAGGAA